AUGAGUUCGCUCUACGAAGAAAAAGCGACACCUCGCAGCAGUACACCCCUCAGCCCCGAAGCGGCCGAGGACCUGCGCCAAUUCAAUCGUUCACCCCAUCCCUACCACAGAAGCCAACGCAUCGGCUCGCGCACCCCUUCCGAAUACGGGGACCUUCUCCAUCCGCUCUCUUUCUCAAGGUCCUCGCGCACGCCCAGCGACAGCGGCACAGAGGCAGAUGAUGAAAGCACCGGGAUACUUAGGGGCCUACCCGCCCCACCAUUGCGCCCACAUAAGGGCCUGAGAUAUGGGGAGGGAGAUUCUUGGCUGCCAAGCUUGCGGCCAUGGCCCUCUUUCGCGCGACCCGUUUUCCGCUCUUCACGGCGGAGCUCCGAUGAGGAGAUGGAGGAAGAGGCAUUCGAGGCUAGGAUGAAGUUUAGACAGACAAGACGGGUUGAAGUGCUGCGUCGGUUACUGGAGGCGGCACUCCUGAUGUCUGUUGGCGUUGCCGUGCUAUACCAGGACGGGGCGCGGUCCUUAGCGUGGGCCUGGAAGAAAGAGAUUGCUACCCACGGUCUUGUGGUGAUGGGUCUCUACGCCGUAUAUCCACUUCUUGUUCGUGCAUCCCAAGGCCGGAGCUGGCGCUUCUGGCGCUUCCUAUCUACGAAACGCUCUUUUUUUCCCUCCCCUCGAGCUUCGACCCAGCUCCCCUCCUCUAUCCGACCCUGCCUCUCCUCUCUUCCCGCGCCGGUUAUCCCGCUUCAACACUGGACGCAUGGACUCAGCAUCUCGCAUUGGAUGGUGACAUUGAUCCCAAUUGUCGUCUCCGAAACUUUCUCUUUGGACUCUACGAUCCCCACACCACUGUCGCUUCGCGGGUUCGAUGCGGAGUUCCUAAUUCUUCUUUUCCCUUUGCAUCAAGCGUUGAUACCCACUUUAGACUUUUUGUUGACGACCAGCGUUCUUCCGGCAGAGCUGCAACUUUUAACGACUGCUUUGAUCAAUCUAUUUCUGUUCGCAGAGUCUCCCCAAGCGGAGAUCCUAAAAGCCUUGUUAUGGCUUGGUGGCAUGUGUUUGUUCGCUUCAUGUCGACAUAUUUUGCGUUGGGAGGUUGCUCUGGCUCGAAUUCCCAGUUGGAAGUUCCGCCGCCCUCCAAAUAGCUCGCGCUCUGCGCGCAAGUUCUUGAACAUGCUCGACCAUCGACUUUGUGAGCGAUUGAGUCGAACCGGCGCCUCGGACGACGCUUCAUCGGAUAGCGAUGCUCCGAAUGGACACACGUAUGCGAGACCGCGAAAGACGAGGACUAUGCAGACUACUCAUCAACGUGGUCAUUUGGCAGAACCUGCAUCUGCCGUUGACAAGACCCCUACCGAGGAGAUGUUUGAGCAAUAUUCUCGCAAGAUGCAACGCCGACGUCAUACCAUAUCUACGUUCGAUGAGGCUGUUCGAGAGGAGCGCGUUCGAACUACUGCUGGUGGCCGACGCAAGAAGCAGAUGGCUCCUGGUCUUACUGCAUUCCUCUCGCUCACUCAUGCUCAAGCACAGGUCCGCAAAUGGCUGUACGCGUUCUUCGUUUACAUUGCAUCCCUGCUGAUCGUCAUCGGACCCAUUCGGAAAUAUGUCGCCGAGCGUGCUCUUCAAGGCCAGGAUCCUUUUGGUUGGGCUGUAGGCUAUCUUUUCGGGAAUUUCUCCAACGUUCGCUUCUGGGUUCUCAUGCUCAAUCUUGAAUAUUGGAUUGAGCUGCCCCCUCGGCUCGACGGAGAUGAUCUCGGUGCAUCUUGCAUCUUCGGAUCGAUUGAGCAUAUCCGCCAGGCUACAUUUGGUGCGGCUAGCACACGUCUCCUACUCAGUGGCUACUGUGUGGUCGUGCUGCUGACAGGCUUGCUUGUAGUCGCUCAGCUCAGUUCUGUCGCUGAAGUUGACACACGUCGCAAGAUUUUCCACGGCAUGAUGGUCCUCAUGUUCUUGCCUACUAUUUUUGUCGACCCCGCAUUCUGCGCCCUGGCCCUGGCCCUGGUUCUCUCCAUCUUCCUUCUAUUGGAUCUAUUCCGCGCCUCCCAGCUACCUCCAAUUUCCAGGCCACUCACCAAUUUCCUAGCGCCGUACGUCGACGGCCGAGAUCACCGUGGCCCGGUUAUCAUCUCCCACAUCUUCCUCCUGAUCGGCUGUUCUAUCCCGCUCUGGCUCUCCAUCUCCGACCUCCCACGGACCGGUCUGGGACCCUGGGCUGGCUGGGAAAUUCCAUCACGAGACGUCAGCAUGGCAAGCGGAGUAAUCUGUGUAGGAAUGGGCGAUGCAGCGGCAUCCCUCAUCGGCCGACGAUACGGUCGACUGAAAUGGUUCUGGGGUGGAGGGAAGUCUCUAGAAGGCAGUCUUGCUUUUGUGGCAGCGGUAACCUUCGGGCUGAUCAUAGUUCGUGCCUGGCUGGUCAUUGGAGGAUGGCCCGUGUCUGGGGUCGAAGGCGUCGAAGCACGGGGGUCUGCCUUCCCCCUUGAAUUCUGGCUCUGGACUUUGUGCAAGGCAGUGUUGGCAGCAGCUGGGACUAGCGCCACCGAGGCGAUCCUCACUGGUUGUAAUGAUAACGUCGUGGUGCCCGUGGUGUUGUGGCUGUUAGUGCGGGGGCUGGGCGUUUGA